GCCACAUUAGUAUAAAGCUAACACACACCAAAAAGUAUGAGGCAUAAAGAGUAGGCUCUUUUGAAGCAACCACCUCUCCUCCUCUUUUUUUUCUCAGAAAGAGGCUUCUUUUGGGAAUCUGGAGAAAUGGCUGCCGAAGCAGAAAUGGAGGAGAAGAAUUCAGAAACGAUUGGGCAAAAUCAAACACAUGGUGACGCCGAUGCGAUAGAGCAAAACAGUGUUCUAAAUGAGAAAAUUAAAGAUGAUGCACCAAGUUCAGUUAUUGAAGGAAAAUUGAGUGCUUCUGAGGGUGAAGUUUUUAUUGAAGCACCUUCUGAAGAUAAGCUGACUUCGGAACAGAUGUUCAUUGAUGAAGGAACCACAGCCAAAGAAAAGGUUCUAGAGUGCAGGACACAUUUUAAGAUUGAUGAGAAAGAUGAAUUUGAGGAGGCCGAAGAUGAAGCUCUAAAAUCACAGUUGGUACCAAAUGCGAAUUUAAUAAAUGAUCUGCCCACUGAACAGACUACCGAUGAAAGCAGCAAAAUGGAUGAAACUGAUGUGUUAGAGAGCCCAGAGGAGAGAGAUUUGGGAAAAGGUAGUGAUGAGUACGAAAGCUCAGAAAACUUACCUAUAUUGGAAGUGAAAGAAAAAUAUCCUCAGAAUGAUGGAGAGAACACAAAAAAGAAAGCUGAAGAACAACAAAGUAGCAAAGAUCUAGGUUUAAUUGUACAUGGAAAAGAUAAAGAAGACAAGAUUACAGAGUCGUUUCAUGAAACACCUACAGAACAGCAAACUGAUGAUAGCAAAAUUGAUACUUUUUCGGACGCACAGUUAACUAAUGAGACACAGUCAGUGUAUGAGAAAAAGGAGACUGAGGAAACAGCAGAAAUAUCAGCAGCUCUGCUGAAUAAAGGGCAUCACUACGAAAUUAGCGCCGAUCAGGGUGGAGUAGAAUUUAAAAUAACAACAUCAAAUGAAGAAGAGAUUCAACACAAUGAGUAUAGAGAACAGCAAUCUGAAGUCAAAAACAGCACAGACUGCAUGAAUCCUGAGAAAGCUUCUGUAGAUGAGAAUUCGAAAGCAAUACAGGCUAUUGACUCAACCAAUAUAAAAUCAGAUGAUUCAGAAAAAGACCAAGCGCAAGCACAUAUAUUAGCGAAGAGUGAAGAGUAUAGUGAUGCAGUAACGACAGAAGCGACUGUGUGUCUGGAAAAACUACAAGAUAAGCCGGAAGAAUCUACAGUUGAAGAUACUUUGCUUUCAGAAACCAAGGAAGUUGAUGGAGCUGGAGAGACUAAAAAACUUAACAAAGAAAUGAUAGACACAGAAGGACGAGGUGUUAGCUUGGAAGAAGCUUCUCAUGAUGCCAGUCUGGAUGUGCCAAAUGAACAAGACCAUGGAUAUCAGACCACAGCCCCAGAUGGAUUGAGUGAAGAGGUGGGCUUCACAAGUGAAAAGGAUGAAAACAUGUGCAAGAAAGAUGAUUGUGCUGGAGAGACCGCUCAAGAUUUUCCGGAGGAAACUACUCACAGAGCAGGGAAGGAUGGAGAGGAAACAGAUGCAAAGAAUAUUGGAAGUGAAGGCAAUGAUAGAGAUGUAAAAGGAAUUCCUGAUGCGGCAUCUGAGGAAGAUAAUAAUGCAAAGACACCAGAUAAUACAAUCACAAAAGAAAUUACAAUAGCAGCAGAACAAGAAGAUGAGGCGAGGAAAAAAGUGAGUUCAAACAACGAGGAAACAGAAGGUGAAAAGAUAUCUAGUGUUAAAGGUGAAAGUGAACCCACAGAGGUGGAGGAUGAAUAUGUAAGAAACACUGUUGGUGAUGCCUCUGAUAAAGGAAAGCCAACUGGGAAGCCUGCAGACGUAGAUGAUGUGGUAGAUGAUGUGCACGAAGAAACCAUAGGACAUACAUGUGACGAACAACAUCAAGAAAAUGUUGAGAGCAACGAAAAAAACGAGGAUGGUGAACAGAGAGAAGAGGAACAUCAAACUCUUCAACAAGAGGAAUUGGUUUCUGAAGUUGAAAAUCAAGAGACAACUUCCACAACAGGAGCAAACAAGAUGGAGAUCUCGAAAGAAGGCGAAAACCUCAUUAAUACGUUGUACAGAUUUUUCACACUCCCUAUCAACCAUUACCACAUGCACCUUGAGCAAACAAUUUCUGAGUCAGUAAAUCUGGAGGAAACUAAAAUUGAACAUGGGAAGGAUGACAAGAAGAUCAAGGAGAGUGUUGAAGAUAAUCCCCGAGAUCAUGCCUUGCCUUCACAAACAAUACAUGAUGUAGCAGACGCAGACCACGCAGAAGCAAAUCAAAGUUUGGAGGGGAAGGACGACAAUAUUGCGAGUCUUGAGAAAGAAAGUAUCAAAAGCAAGGGACCUGAUGAGGUUCACCCCAGUGAAUCAGAAACACAUCAGAGUUUGGUGGACAAAGACAACAAUAUUGUAAGUCUUGAAAAAGAAAGCAUUGAAAGCAAAGGGCCUGAUGAGGUUCAACUCGGUGAAUCAGAAGCCACCAAGGUUGCUGAAAUUGUUAGCACAACUGAUGAGGCUGAAACUACGUCUGUAGACGGAGGGGAAAGUGUUGAUGUCGACAAAGAUAAGGCAGAGUAUCAAGAGCACAAAAAUGUUAGAGGGUCAGUGAUGGAGGAAUAUAAUCAAGGGGAAGCAAAUGAAACACAAAUGGCCAAGAGCCAUGAGAUCCCUGAAAUGGAUGAUCUAAGCCCUGAAAAGGCUUCGGAGACAAAUAAAUCGGUGAUGAAAGAUAUACAUGACAAAACUAAAACAAAGCAUGAAGAGCCAGAUUUUGCAAGUAACAAGCCAAUUAAUCAGACUAACAUGCCUGAACAAAGUCGAAUUCCUGAAGAAGAAAAUACUAUCAUGGAAAGCAAAACGGAGUCAAGCUUCCCAAAGGAUGCAAUUGAAAAUGCCCUGAAAUCAGACCCUGAUGAGAAAGAUGAGGAAAUGCUAAAGAAUGAGGAAUCCUCACAUAUUUUCCCAGAGUCCUCUCCCAACGUUGAUCAUAAAAUUGCUAGGGGAUUAUCUCAUCAAGAUGAAGGGAACAAGAUAUGUGAGGAUGCAGCACUAGAAACCCCAUCUGGCAAUCAAAGCCGUGAAGCAGAUGAGGAGCAAAUAGAAAUUGGGAAACCUAAAAAGCUGAACGAACUUAAACAAGAUAUUCCUAUGAAGUACUUUGAUGCUGUAAACAGUCAAGAAGAGACGAUACAUAAAGAAAAUCCUGAUAAUGUGGAAGAGAGCGAGAAGUGUGAAGUAAAGGAUGAAACUGCUUUAACACUCGAGCGAGCAUCUGCAGCGGACUCUGAAGAGCCCAGUCAUUGGCUGUUUAGCAGUUGUGAGAAGGCCACAGCCUCAGACGGAUUGAGUGAAGAGGCGGACUUUGCAAGUGAAAAGGAUGAAAACAUGUGCAAGAAAGAUGAUUGUGCUAGAGAGACCGCUCAAGAUUUUCUGGAGGAAACUACUCAUAGAGCUUGGAAGGGCGGAGAGGAAACAGAUGCAAAGAAUAUUGGAAGUGAAGACAAUGAUAGAGAUGUAAAAGGAAUCCCUGAUGUGGCACCUCAGGGAGAUUAUAAUACAAAGACACCAGAUAAUACAUACACAAAAGAAAUUAUGAUAGCAAUAGAACAAGAAGAUGAGGCAAGGACACAAGUGAGAUCAGACAAUGAGGAAACAGAAGGUGAAAAGAUAUCUAGUGUCAAAGGUGACAGUGAACCCACAAAGGUGGAGAAUGAAUACAUAAGCAACACUGUUGGUGAUGCCUCUGAUACAGGAGAGCCAACUGGGAAGCCUGCAGACGUAGAUGAUGUGGUAGACGAUGUGCAGGAAGAAACCAUAGGAUCUACAUGUGACGAACAACAUCAGGAAAAUAUUGAGAGCAACGAAAAAAACGAGGAUGGUGAACAGAGAGAAGACAAACAUCAAACUCUUCAACAAGAGGAAUUAGUUUCUGAAGUUGAAAAUCAAGAGACAACCUCCACAACAGGCGCUAAAAAGAUGGAGAUCUCAAAAGAAGGCGAAAACCUCAUUAAUAUGAUUUCUGAAUCAGUAAAUCUGGAGGAAACUAAAAUUGAAAAUGACACGGAUGAUGAGAAGAUCAAGGAGAGCGUUGAAGAUAAUCCCCGAGAUCAUGCCUUGCUUUCACAAACAAGACAUGAUGUAGCAGACGAAGACCACACAAAAGCAGAUCAAAGUUUGGAAGGGAAGGACGGUAAUAUUGUAAGUCUUGAGAAAGAAAGUAUCAAAAGCAAGGGACCUGAUGAGGUUCACCCCAGUGAAUCAGAAGCACAUCAGCGUUUGGUGGACAAAGACAACAAUAUUGUAAGUCUUGAAAAAGAAAGCAUUGAAAGCAAAGGGCCUGAUGAGGUUCAACCCGGUGAAUCAGAAGCCACCAAGGUUGCUGAAAUUGUUAGCACAACUGACGAAGCUGAAACUACGUCUGUAGAUGGAGGGGAAAGUGUUGAUGUUGACAAAGAUAAGGCAGAGUAUCAAGAGCACAAAAACGUUAUAGAGUCAGUGAUGGAGGAAUAUAAUAAAGGGGGAGCAAAUGAAACACAAAUGGCCAAGAGCCACCAGAUUCCUGAAAUGGAUGAUCUAAGCCCUGAAAAGGCUUCGGAGACAAAUGAAUCGGUGAUGAAAGAUAUGCAUGACAAAACUAAAACAAAGCAUGAAGAAGAGCCAGAUUUUGCAAGUAACAAGCCAAUUAAUCAGACUACCAUGCCUGAACAAAGUCGAAUUCCUGAAGAAGAAAAUACUAUCAUGGAAAGCAAAACAGAGUCAAGCUUCCCAAAGGAUGCAAUUGAAAAUGCCCUGAAAUCAGACCCUGAAGAGAAGGAUGAGGAAAUGCUAAAGAAUGACGAGUCCUCACAUAUUUUCCCAGAGUCCUCUCCCGACGCUGAUCAUAACAUUGCUGAGGGAUUAUGUCAUCAAGAUGAAGGGAACAAGAUAUAUGAGGAUGCAGCACCAGAAACUGCAUUCGGCAAUCAAAGCUGUGAAGCAAAUGAGGAGCAAAGAGAAACAGAGAAAAAAGAUAUGCCUAUGAAGUACAUUGACACUGUAAACAGUCAAGAAGAGACGAUACAUAAAGAAGAUUCUGAUAAUGUGGAAGAGAGCGAGAAGUGUGCAGGAGAGGAUGGAACCGCUUUAACACUUGAGCGAGCAUCUGCAGCAAAGGAUGAUGAACAAAGAGAAGAGAAAUUUCAAAAUCCUCAUGACAUAGAAUCAGAAAUGGACGUUAAGAAAGAAAAGACAACCUCUGAAGCAGAAAGCUCCAAGACCACAGCCUCAGACGGAUUGAGUGAAGAGGCGGACUUUGCAAGCGAAAAGGAUGAAAACAUGUGCAAGAAAGGUGAUUGUGCUAGAGAGACCGUUCAAGAUUUUUCGGAGGAAACUACUCAUAGAGCAGGGAAGGGCGGAGAGGAAACAGAUACAAAGAAUAUUGGAGGUGAAGACAAUGAUAGAGAUGUAAAAGGAAUCCCAGAUGUGGCACCUCAGGGAGAUUAUAAUACAAAGACACCAAAUAAUACAUACACAAAAGAAAUUAUGAUAGCAGUAGAACAAGAAGAUGAGGCGAGGACACAAGUGAGUUCAGAUAAUGAAAAAACAGAAGGUGAAAAGAUAUCCAGUGUCAAAGGUGACAGUGAACCCACAAAGGUGGAGGAUGAAUACAUAAGCAACACUGUUGUUGAUGCCUCUGAUACAGGAGAGCCAACUGGGAAGCCUGCAAACGUAGACGAUGUGGUAGAUGAUGUGCAGGAAGAAACCAUAGGAUCUAUAUGUGAAGAACAACAUCAGGAAAAUGUUGAGAGCAACGAAAAAAAUGAGGAAGGUGAACAGAGAGGAGAGGAACAUCAAACUCUUCAACAAGAGGAAUUAGUUUCUGAAGUUGAAAAUCAAGAGACAACCUCCACAACAGGAGCUAAAAAGAUGGAGAUCUCAAAAGAAGGCGAAAACCUCAUUAAUAUGAUUUCUGAAUCAGUAAAUCUGGAGGAAACUAAAAUUGAAAAUGACACGGAUGACGAGAAGAUCAAGGAGAGCAUUGAAGAUAAUCCCCGAGAUCUUGCCUUGCCUUCACAAACAAUCCAUGAUGUAGCAGAUGAAGACCACGCAGAAGCAGUUCAAAGUUUGGAGGGGAAGGACGGCAAUAUUGCAAGUCUUGAGAAAGAAAGUAUCAAAAGCAAGGGACCUGAUGAGGUUCACCCCAGUGAAUCAGAAGCACAUCAAAGUUUGGAGGACAAAGACAACAAUAUUGUAAGUUUUGAAAAAGAAAGCAUUGAAAGCAAAGGUCCUGAUGAGAUUCAACUCAGUGAAUUAGAAGGCACCAAGGUUGCUGAAAUUGUUAGCACAACUGAUGAGGCUGAAACUACGUCUGUAGAUGGAGGGGAAAGUGUUGAUGUUGACAAAGAUAAGGCAGAGUAUCAAGAGCACAAAAACGUUAGAGAGUCAGUGAUGGAGGAAUAUAAUCAAGGGGAAGCAAAUGAAACACAAAUGGCCAAGAGCCACAAGAUUCCUGAAAUGGAUGAUCUAAGCCCUGAAAAGGCUUCGGAGACAAAUGAAUCGGUGAUGAAAGAUAUGCAUGACAAAACUAAAACAAAGCAUGAAGAAGAGCCAGAUUUUGCAAGUAACAAGCCAAUUAAUCAGACUACCAUGCCUGAACAAAGUCGAAUUCCUGAAGAAGAAAAUACUAUCAUGGAAAGCAAAACAGAGUCAAGCUUCCCAAAGGAUGCAAUUGAAAAUGCCCUAAAAUCAGACCCUGAAGAGAAGGAUGAGGAAAUGCAAAAGAAUAAGGAGUCCUCACAUAUUUUCCUAGAGUCCUCUCCCGACACUGAUCAUAACAUCGCUGAGGGAUUAUGUCAUCUAGAUGAAGGGAACAAGACAUGUGAGGAUGCAGCACCAGAAACUGCAUCCGGCAAUCAAAGCUGUGAAGCAAAUGAGGAGCAAAGUGAAAUAGAGAAACAAGAUAUGCCUAUGAAGUACAUUGACACUGUAAAUAGUCAAGAAGAGACGAUACAUAAAGAAGAUUCUGAUAAUGUGGAAGAGAGCGAGAAGUGUGAAGGAAAGGAUGGAACCGCUUUAACACUUGAGCGAGCAUCUGCAGCAGAGGAUGAUGAAAAAAGAGAAGAGAAAUUUCAGAAUCCUCAUGACAUAGAAUCGGAAACGGACAUUAAGAAAGAAAAGACAACCUCUGAAGCAGAAAGCACCAAGGUUUCUGAACCAGUCAACGUGGACGAGGAUACUAAAAUUGCAAAUACGAUGGAUGAUGAGAGUGUAAAGGAAAUUGUUGAAGAUAACCCUGGAAACAAUGCAGUGCCUCCACAAACAGAACAUAAUGCAGUGGGCGAAAAGCCUCAAGAAACAGAGGAUAGCAGUAGUCCACAUCCUGAUAAAGAAAGUAGUGAAACACGGGGGCUUGACAUCACAGAAGAGCAGGUGGCUGAGGUCCAAACUGCUGAAGCAGAAGACAUAAAUGCUGGCUACAUAGAAGAUAAAGAUAAACCUGAGGUUCCUGAAAAUGCUGGCAUAAAUGAUGACUCUCAAACUGCAUCAAUGAAGGAAAGGGAAGACACACAGAUAGAUAACAGCAGUAUCAGUGAUGCACUUACUGAGAAGAGCAACGAGGUCCCAAGCUCUUUCUAUGACGAAAAAGCUCAUCAGGGUACGAGUACCAAAGAAGGCAAUGAAGUUGAUGUUAAUGAAGAUAAGACAGACUAUCAGGAGUAUAACAAUAUUUCGGAAUCAAUAGCUGAAGAACAGAAUCAAGAGAAAGAAAAUGAAACAGAGCUAACCAAGAACGUCGAGGUUUCUGAAAUGGGUGAUAUAACUGAGGACCCUGAAUCUGUAAAAACAAAGGAUGAGAAACUUACGCAAGAAAACAUAUGCGGUUUUUUGGAGACACAGGAUCUGGUAACAGAAGAAAUACAUGACAAAGUUGACAAAAAGCAUGAAGAAGUGCCCAAUUUCCCAUGCGAGAAUCAGGUUGAUCAGAUUAAUACAAUUGAAGAAAAUGUAGAUUAUGGCAGGAAUAAAGAAAAGUUAGCUGAAAAUGUUGAAGCUCAGAAAGAAUCAAUUAUUGUGCCUCAGGAAAAGAAUCAGAUUGUUGUGCCCGAGGAAAAGAGUCGAGACACAAUUAGUAAAGCGGAAACCAACAAGAUUGAGAAUGCAAAAGAGGAAAACACUAAUGGUGACGAGACAUCUGGAUCGAGCUUUGAAAAUAGUAUGACUGAAAACAACUCGGAAUUAGCCCUCAAAGCAGAAAAAGAAGAGGAAAUACCAAAGGAUGAGGAAAUCUCACAUAUUCUCCCAGAGACAGCUGAAGUCAUUCCUGAAAAACAAAUACUUGGGGAUGAUGGUAAUUAUGAGGAUCCUGGUUGCACUAUUGUUGAGAAAAUAUCUCAUCAAGACGAAAGUAGUACAUGGGAAGAUGCAGCUCCAGAAGCCGUAUUAGACAAUCAAAAUAAGGAAGCAAAAGAGAAUUUGAAAGAUACAACUAGAGAAGAAGACGUUGAGACCGCUGCUGAGAACAUCAAAGAGAGAGAACCAGAAAGUACGGAGAACAUCGAAGAGAAAGAAGUGGAAACUGAGAUCCAAUCUUCAGAAACUAAUGAAAUAAAAGAUGCUACAUAUGAAAUUCCAAAAUGUGAAGAAAUUUGUACGCACGAUGAGAGUACGAACAUAUCCCACCAGGAUGAAGAAAGUGAAAAUAAGAAUUAUAAGGAUGAGGGAAGCACAUUUCAAAAGAUUGAUAAUACACAUGUAACAACAUCAUUGGCUGAUGAAACAGCAUUAGAGUACUCGCAUGAAGAUCAAAAGGAGUUGGCAACUAUGGCUGACACAGAAAUGGGGAGCAUGCUACCAAGAAAUCAAAAGGAUGACUCUGAAUUAACAACCUCCGAGGAACAAAUUUUGGAAGCUACAUCUGAGGUAGAGCCUGCUAAAGAUGAGAUGCCAGAUGAUCAAAAUGAUAUCUCUGGCAAUUAUCUAUUGCAGAAUUACAAAUUAGGUAAUGAAGACUCUGAAGUCGAGAAUCCAGAGGAGGAAGAAACAACAAGUAAGAUUCAUCCUACAUUGCCUGAAGAGACCGAAGAAGGAACAGAAACAAAACAGGAAGCAAAUCCCAACCAUGAUGAAGAAACACAUGAACAUGUAAUUAAGAACAAUGUUGUUGAUCUUGAUACCCUAAUAAAUGGAAACAAGUCCGAGGAGCCAGCUGAAGCCUCUGCGGAUAUUUUAAAGGAACCGAGUAGAGCGAUAACCACUGAGACAGGAGUUAUUGCUGAGAAAGGCUUAAUGGAGGGUGACGUAACUACUUCCGAAGAAACUAAUAAAUUGGUCUCCGAAGAUCUUGACCCUCAAAACCAUGAAAAAGUAGAGCCACCACUAAUAAGAGCUCUAGAUGAACCAACUGUUGCAGUAACUACUUCUGAAGAAACUAAUAAAUUGGUCUCCGAAGAUCUUGAACCUCAAAAUGAGAAAGAAGUAGAGUCACCACAAACAAGAGAAAAUGCUUUAGAGGAACAAAUUGCAACACCAACCAACUUGGUUACUACUACAGAGCCAGUAUCAACUGCCAACGAAGACGAUGCUGUGUCAGAGGAAUCACUCAAAAGGGUCAACCAAGAGGUCAAAGAUUUGAAUAUGGUGUCAGAUGAACAUAUUCAAGAAGCAGCUGAAACGAACCCAGAGGGCAUUCAACCAUUACAAGAUGAGAGUACUGCUGAAGAUGCCUCAUCAACCAAGGAGUUAAAGCAUGUAUUGGAGAUGAGUACCCCUGCAAUAGCUCCUGAAGACCAAAUCCAUCAAAUCAUGCAAGCUAGUGAAACAACAAAUGAAACUAUACUGGAGAAAGAAAACAAAGAAUACCAGGAGGUUGAGGGAAACUCAGAAGCAAAGGAAAUGGAUGGAUGGGAUCAACAGGGAAUUAAAAGAAAACAGUUAAUUGGAAAUGAGUGUGAACCAAUUAACACUGGCGAUUGCAGUAAGGAGAUUAAAGACAGUGGAGCAACACUUGGUGUCACACAAGACAACAGAAACAAAGAAGAAGUUCAUAAAAGUGUAGAAACAAAAGAGAUGGAAUGUGAGAAACAAGAGGAACAAACAGCAACUGAAGUCUUCGAAGUAAAUCAAGCAAUCUACAAAGAUGAGACCAGCAAGGAGGAAAGUGAUCCUAUUGGAGAUAGAAUAGGAACAAGCGCUCUGGAGUUUGAAGACAAAUCCUCUUAUCACCAUCAUGAGCCAAUGCAUGUCGAUGACACUAUAGCUGGCAUGGUCGCAAAAGAAGAGGUUGAGAAUGCUGCCGAGAACAUCAAAGAGAGAGAACUAGAAACUACAGACAACAUCAAAGAGAGAGAAGUGGAAACUGUUGAGAUCCAAACUUCAGAAACAAAUGAAAUAAAAGAUGCAGCAUAUGAAGUCCCGCAAUGUGACGAAAUUUGUACACACAAUGAGAGUACGAACAUAGCACAUCAGGAUGAAGGAAGUGAAACUGUGAAUAAUAAGGAUGAGGGAAGCACAUUUCAAAAGAUUGAUAAUACACAUAUAACAACAUCACUGGCUGACGAAGCGGCAUUAGAGUACUUGCAUGAAGACCAAAAGGAGUUACCAACUAUGGCUGACACAGCAAUAGAGAGCAGGCUAUCAAGAGAUCAAGAGAAUGACUCUGAAUUAACAACCACCAAGGAACAAACUUUGGAAGCUACAACUGAGGUAGAUACUACCAGAGAUGAGACGUCAGAGAAUCAAAAUUACAAAUUAGCUAAUGAAGAGUCUGAAAUUGUGAAUCCGAAGGAGGAAGAAACGACAAGUAAGAUUCAAGUUGUUCUUGCCUUGCCCAAAGAGACCAAAGAAGGAUUAGAAAUAAAUCAUGAAGCAAAUCCUAACCAUGGUGAAGAAACUCAUGAACAUGUAAGUAAGAACAAUGCUAUUGAUCUUGAUACCCCGAUAGAUGGAAACAAGUCCGAGGAGCCAGCUGAAGCCUCUGCAGAAAUUAUGGAGGAACAGAGUAGAGCAAUAACCACUGAGACAGAAGUUGUUGCUGAGAAAGGCUCGAUGGAGGGUGAGGUAACCACUUUCGAAAAAAGUAAUAAAUUAGUCUCCGAAGAUACUGACCCUCAAAACAAUAAAGAAGUAGAGUCACCACUAAUAAGAAAAAGAGCUUCAGAUGAACCGAUUGUUGAAGUAUCUACUUCAGAAGAAGCUAAUAAAUUGGUCCCCGAAGAUCUUGACGCUCAAAUCGAUAAAGAAGUAGAGUCACCACAAAUAAGAGAAAAGGCAACAGAUGAACCAAUUGUGACACCAACCAACUUGGUUACUACUACAGAGCCAGCAUCAACUGCCAAGGAAGAUGAUGCAGCACAAGAGGAAUCACUCAAAAGCAUCGACCAAGAGGUCAAAGAUUUUAAUUUGGUGUCAGAUGAACAUAUUCAAGAACAAGCUGAAACAAACUCAGAUGUUAUUCAACCGUUACAAGAUGCCGAAGAUGUGUCAUCAACCAAGGAGUUAAAGCAUGAAUUGGAGAUGAGUACCCCUGCAAUAGCUUCUGAAGACCAGAUCCAUCAAAUCAAGGAAGUUAGUGAAACAACAAAUGAAACUGUACUGGAGAAAGAAAACAAAGAAUACCAGCAGGUCGAGGGAGACUCGGAAGCAAAGAAAAUGGAUGGACAGGAUCAAGAGGAAAUUAACAGAAAACAGUUAAUUGGAAAAGAGUGGGAACCAGUUAACGCCAACGAGUGCAAUAUAGAGAUUGAAGAAGGCGAAGCAACACUUGGCAGCAUACGAGACAACAAAAGCAAAGAACAAGAAGUUCAUAAAAGUUCAGAAACAAAAGAGAUGGAAUAUGAGAAACAAGAGGAAGAGACAGCCACGGAAGUCAUUGAAGCAAAUCAAGCAACCUACAAAGAUGAGUCCAGCGUGGAGGAAAGCAAUGCUAUUGGAGAUAGAAUAGGAACAAGCGCUUCGGAGUAUCAAAACAAAUCUUCUAUGCACAAUAAUGAGCCAGUACAAGUUGACAAUACUGUUGCCGGUGUGGUCGCACAAAAAAAGAUUGUAAAAGCGGAGAAUGAAAUAUUUGAGCAUGAGAAUCAAUCCAAGAACAAGGAACCAGAUGAAGAAUUGAAGCCUAAAGAAACUGAUGCGACACUGAAUGAAAAUCCAACUGACAAGGUUAAUGAAGCUGAUGCUACACUGGCAGAAAAGAAUAUCAUAACGGAUGAGAAAACAAAGGAAGAAAUUAAGACCAGAGCAAUGAAUAAUGAUUUUGCCAGCAAAGAGAUCGAAACUUCUUCUGAAUACAUUUCCACUAAUUGGGAAACUGUCUCUGAGGCACUCAAAGCAAAUAUAAUGACAUUGGAUGAUAAUAAAAAAGAUAAAGAUGUUACUGAUAAAAUUGUCCAUAACUUGGGGAUCGAGAAAGAGGACACUUCAUUGGUUGUGCUCAGUAAGAACGAAAUUCCAGAAAAAUUAUCAACUAAUGAAGCAAUUGAUGAUAUACAAAACGAGAAGGAAAGUUUCCCAGUGGUUGACACUGCACAAAAUGAGGAUAAGCAACAAACUGAACAAGAUGUCUUGCCUGUGUCCCGUUAUCUGAUGGAUCGCAUCUUGCAAGAACAAAGUGGUAAUAAUGAUGAAACUUUGGAAGUGGAAUCCGAAGAAAUGACACAGGGAAAAACUAUUGCGCAAAUUGCAGAUGAUACAAUAAUUUCCAAAAGAGAAGUACAAGAUAUCAAAAGAGCCGAAGACCAUAUCAAUUUAGUGGAAGAACAUAUGCAUGAUCCUGAAAAGCCUAUCGAGAAAUCAUUGGAAAAUAAUGAUGGAAUCCAAGAUAACAAUCCUUGCAAUGCACCUCAGGUAGUAGCAGUGGAUGAAGAUGUAAAGGGAGAAGUUUCUAGAGGAAUGAUGUCAAGGGAAAAGGACCCGGAAAAAGAAGUUGAUGUAAAAGAGUUGAAAAGCAAGGAUUUGUUGCAAGAUGGCAAAAUUCCCAUAACUGGACCACAAGUGAUAGAAACUGCAAUGCCAAAAGCUUCCGAGGAGGAUGCUCCAAACGAAGGAGAAAAAUGUGAAGUAGAAAUGCUAAGUGACAUCCCAAAGAAUGACGAGGUUGCAAAUGAAACACCCAAGCAACAGACAUCUUCACUCUCUGAACCAGUUCAAGAUGCCAAAAGUCUGCUUCAAAGUGUUGAAAUUCCACAAGAAUCUCAUUGUCAUGAAGCUGAUUAUUCCACUAAAUUAUCAAAUGACAAAGAAAACAUGCCGGAAGAAGCAUCGGAAGCUCUACCAAAAAGUGUAGAAGUUGAUAAUGGAGAAGUAAAGAAAGGCCAAAUCUCCGAAAACAGCGUGCUUGAAGUUUUGAAAGUUGUGCCUGAAGGUCUAAAAGAUGAGAAUGGAGAAGAGAAUCAACACACAAUCACUGAAAGCCAAACAAUAAUGACGAAUGUUGACUUACCUGAGGAGCCAGAGGUAUCUGAUUCACAAAAUGUCCAAAAACCUGACACCAAAAUAGAAUCUGGCAAGGAAACUGUCAAACUAGAUGAAAAGUGUUCGGAAAACAUAAUCACAGCUAUAUGCACAGAAGAAAAGCAGAGUGAGAAGCUGGAAAAUGCAAUUACCAAGGAAGGAAAAAGUGACAGUGAUAAGAAAGACGAAAAGAAAGGAGGUGAUGAACACAAAUCAGAUGACUUUGGCCAUAGCACAUAUGUAAUAGUUGAGGAUUCCCGGAGGGUUGUGGUUGAGAAUGAAGAACCCAAGCAAGACAAAGUCCCUGAAGUCAACAUGCUUGAAGAUCUGGAAACCCUGCCAAAAGAUAAAAAUGUUGAGAAUGAAGAAGAGAACCGAGAAACAACCACUGAGAGCAAAACAAUGAUGACCAAAGUCAAUUUUCCUAAUGAGCCAGAAGUACCUGAUUCACAAAAGGUCCAGAAACUUGAUACAGAAAUGGAAUCUGCAAAGAAAAUAGUUGAACCAGAUGAAAAGUGCUCAGAGGUAGUAAACCUGACAACAUCCACUGAAGAAAAGCAAAGCGAGAAGGUGAUUAGUGCAACCAGUGAGGAAGAAAAAACAGAUGAUGAUGAUGAGAAAGAUGGAAGACAAGGAGAAGAUGAGCACAAAGCAGAGGAUCCUGGAAACAAUGCUGCAGUGAUAGUCGAAGCAAGAGAUGUAGAGUUGAAGCCAACACAUAAAAAAUCUCACAACAUCUUAUCAGGUGUUGGGUCAAAAGUCAAGCACUCACUCGCCAAAGUGAAGAAAGCCAUCACAGGUAAGUCUUCCCACCCAAAGACUGCCUCUCCAAGAUAAAAAGGGUGGAGUCUUUAACAAACAAUUCAUAUGCAUAAUAUAUUGCUAGAGGUUUCAACGUACCAGAAAGACAGUAUUGGAUGUUCACAAUGCAGUGCUUUUGUGUAUGUUAUUGUAUAGCUUAUUAUGCCACUUCAAGGUUUGUAAAUGUUGGUCAUGUGUUAUUUGCACUUUAUCUUCUGCAGCUUCCCUGUAAUUUAUGUUGUAGAGUUAGAGAAUAUAUAUUUUUCUGAAUAAGAUCUCCGUCUAGCAAUAAUGUAAUAACCCAGACUAGAUAAUUAUUUGUUUGGCACCUUUUUUCUAAAA